GCCAAUUUAGGUAUGUACCAAGUCUACCAAAACUCAGAUUCCUACAGACUCGGGGCUAUUUAUACACAUAGCCUUGGAAGCUAGUCGAUUUACAUGAAUACAUAGAUACUGUCGGCUUCUUCCAUCAUAGGAGAAAACUCCUGUGUACAGAUACUCAUGCAUCUUAUAUUAUUAACUCUGUAUUCGACUACGUGGUAGAAUAUUUCCGAUGGUGGGUAGGUCUGCUCUUUCUAUAGGAGAGUUAUCACCCGAACAAUGCUUUCGGGGUAAAGAACAUCUUCUACCAUGCGGGCAACCGACAGACCGGGAAUAUGUCACACAGGCACAUGUCCACAUUCCGGGGUUAGGUCUGGGGAAGUAAAUAAAGUGGGUAAGUGAAGGCUUAAAAGAGUUUGAGUCAGGCUGGAUGAGGAGUAUCGCCGUCGUCUACCCCACGUUCCUCCCCGGCAGAUUACCAUCGUCCAAUGGCAUCCAACUGGAUAAAUGCCGAGUCUGAGGCCCCGAGAUGUGUGAUAGGUAAUGGCUUGUUCUCUAUUCGAUUGACGAGUGGCAUAACAAGCCGCCCCCUCCCCAGACGAGCCUCAGGGUCGGAGUGAAUAUCAUCGCCAACUCCCUCACCACAUCCAUUACCUAAGUCUUUGCUAGUUUGACUCUUUACCUGCGUGUUCGGAUAUCCUAGAACUGGAUGGGUUAUUAAGUCUCGUUAUCAUGUUAUUCGACCAAAUCGUGGCUGGCCUCAGGGUCAGCGACGGAAGCAAAUCAUUCGGCCAUGUUUCCGUAUGGCACCUUGUCACAUCGAUACUGCUAAUCGGUAUAAUUACUCUGAUAAUCGACUAUACCUAUAUGCUGUAUAUGCGAUCUAAACUACCUCCUGGUCCGUUCCCCUGGCCUGUCGUCGGCAACACAUUUAUGCUUCCGGAUAAUAAGCCGUGGAUAUGGUUCGAGGAGUUGUCAAAGAAAUAUGACGCGCCUCUAAUCACGAUUUGGAUCGGACGUAACCCAACUAUCUGGAUCAAUGAUGCGUGGGCGGCAUCGGAGCUUUUCGAGAAACGCGCGGGUAUAUACUCAUCGCGACCGCGGAUGCUAGUGUUUGCAGAGCUAGGCGCUGGCCAGGACAACUUGUUGAACAUGUACACGACGAGUCCCGAGCAGCGCGAUCGGUGGCGUGUCCACCGCAAGCUCAUUCACCACGGCGUUGGCGUGCAGUCCGUCCGCAGAUAUCGAGAGUUUCAGAACAAUGAGAGCCGAGUCGUUGCGUACGAUCUGCUUAAACGCCCUGAUGACUAUGUCAAGCACUUCGAGCGGUACGCCACAAGUGUCGUUUCCAUCAUUGCCUUUGGGCGCCGCGUCGAGAGUUGGGACGAUCCUAUCAUUACCGAAGUUAUCGCCAUGAUGCACCUAGCCGCCGACCUGAAUGUGCCUGGCAAAACAUUCCCCAUGCUCAUGGAGACCUUCCCCUGGCUUGCUAAGUUUCCUAACGAGAUUGCUCCCUGGAAGUAUGGCCUUGGAAAGAAACGUGCUUUCCACUUCUUCUAUGCCCUCGCAGACGAGGCAGCUAAAAAGGAAGGCCACAAGGAUUCUUUUGUGAAUCAUUUGUUCUCCGAGGGUCCGAAAUAUAACCUUAAGGAAGCUGAAAUUUCCUCUCUUACUGGAAACUUAUUCGGAGCCGGAUCCGAUACGAGCAGUAGUACCCUGAUCACGUUCAUUCUAGCUUGCUGCGCAUUUCCGGAGGCAUUGGUACCAGCAUGGGAGGAGCUUGACCGCGUGGUCGGCCCGUACCGGAGUCCGAGUUGGGAAGACGAGGAUAGCCUGCCUUACAUAAAGGCUUUUGUCAAGGAAGUGCUGCGGUGGCGUUCUGUAGCUAUCAUUGGAGGCCAACCGCACGCACCGACACAAGACGACUACUACAAGGGUUGGCUAAUUCCCAAGGGUGCUUGGAUCCAAGGGAAUGUUUGGGCGAUUCACCAUAACGAACGCGAAUUCCCCGAUCCCGAUCGAUUUAACCCUAAUCGAUUCCUUCCCGGCCACCCAGACAGUCGACCGUUCCCGGGCGAAAGGGGUUACAUGACCUUCGGGUGGGGCCGCAGAGUCUGUUCGGGACAGGCACUGGCUGAACAAGGGACGUGGAUCACCGUAGCUAGAAUACUGUGGGGAUUUAACAUCCAGAAGAAGAAGCGCGCGGACGGCAGCACAGUUGAUGUUGAUAUUUUCAAUUACACGAACGGACUUAACAUGCGGCCCCAACCGUUCGAGUGCAGCAUCGCGCCGCGCAGUGAAGAGAUCCGGCAGACCAUAGAACGGGAGGGCAAGCAGGCUCUUGAGGAGCUAGAGCAGUAUCGCGGAGAGACUAAGUAUCGUAUGUCGACUUUCUAUUCUAGAAAUAACUUAGCGAUGGACUUGUACGGGGGAGAUGAGAAAGGAUCUCAAUAGUACUUUGGGAUUGCCGAGCGUGAGUUCAAUCAUGUGCCUAGAACCAAUCAUAGCAAUAAAAGAGAGUACAUAAGAAA